AUGAGUGGAAAACCAACAUUCGCAGGAGCUAAACGAAAGAAGACAUCUCAAAUUUUAAAAGAGAAAAAGGCAGAAAAACAAGCUCUUUUACAACCAGAACCAGAAAAUGAAAAGAUUAAAGCCAUUUAUGAUGAUGUUAAAGAAACUCAAGACAUAAUGUCAAAUAAUAUUGAUAAAAUGACUAGUAAUCUUGAAAAAGCUGAAGAUUUAGAAGAAAAAACAAAUGAAAUGGUUGAUAAAGCAAAUACAUUCAAGAAACAAUCACAUGAAAUGAAAAAAGCUAUGUGUUGGAGAAAAUGGAAGUUAUGGAUUAUUAUUGGAGUUAUUGCAGCAAUAAUCAUUAUAGUUAUUAUCGUUGCUAUUGUUAUUCCACUUUGCAAUUAA